GUCAUUGAUACAUCCAUUCAUGACCCACGACGUAAACUGCGCCUUCUUGAGUUUCAGCAUCAACUCCGCCUUCUUUCACGGAACACAAUCAUCAACAUUUUUUACCUUUAUCAUUCUUUUCGGGCUGGGCACAGAAAAAUCCGUAUCGAAAAGGGAAUAUAUUCAGCACUUAUCAUCAUCGCAACAAUAAGCCACAUCAACUACCCCUGCAUAGUUCCUGCAUAGGCCAAUUUUGAUCGAGACCCAACCCUCGUAAUUCAGGUCAUACAAGCCCUCAAGCAUAAUAAACUCAGAACAAGCAACCAUAAUCUAAUAAACUUCUCGGUACGAGCCGCUACCCUGGAAUCUAUCUACUAUGACAAGUGAAAAAAUGCCACGGCCACUCUCCGUUGCCAAAGGCGAGCCAACCGCGACGGUGGUUUCUACCCCGGACGCUUCGAAUAAAUCAGAUACGGCACACAAGACAACCUUAACCCAGAGCGCCAAGCCUAUCUUGAUGGCAGAUACAUCUAUCGCAACUACCAAGGAUAACGACUCGGUAGCACAGCCUAGGGUUUCAAUGAACGUCGAAGAAUUUCAGGGUGAAGUCCAAACUACGAACGAAUUGCCGACAAUUGAGACGCUGCGCAAAAUAGAGGCAUACAACGUUCUCGAUAGUGAUGGGAAGUCGCAUAGUUUCAAGAGUCUCUAUGCCGGCCGCAAUUCUGCCCGCCGAGUGCUCAUAAUAUUUAUUCGGCAUUUCUUCUGUGGUAACUGCCAGGAAUACUUACGCACGCUUUCGGCCUCGGUUACUCCCGAGGCCCUUUUGCAGUUACCAGUCAGCACCUUCAUCGCCGUAAUAGGGUGCGGCUCCCCACAUCUAAUCAACUCGUACAUCCAAGAGACCGGCUGUCCAUUCCCGGUUUAUGCUGAUCCAACCCGUCGUCUGUAUACUGAACUUGGAAUGGUGCGCACCUUAGCAAUGGGCUCUCGACCAGCCUAUAUGCAAGGGAAAACGCUGGCACAUACUGUCGUUUCUGGUGUAGUCCAGGGGUUGAAGCAAGUGAAAUCAGGCUUAGUGACGAAGAUGGGUGACCAGAAACAAGUUGGCGGGGAGUUUCUUUUCGAACCCGCAACCCUAACCCUAGACACUCCCGUCACGACGCCGCGUAGCGAAGAGGACAAGCAACUAAGGCUUUCAGACGAAAACGAGAAAUCAGACGACUAUGAAGACCCCAAGGUCGAGGAAAAGCGCGUCACAUGGUGCCAUCGAAUGCGGACGACCCGAGAUCACGCCGAGAUCCCCGAGCUAAUGGAGGUACUCGGUUUAGAUGGCACCGGUGCUCCUAUCAAAGACAAGAAGAGAUGGGAUAAGGCCUUGAGGACGAGGAAGGGCACCGGCUUAAGUAUGGCCAGCCAAAUGAGCCGAUUGAGUGUUGAUACUACUCGCACCAAUAAUAACGGCAGUAUAAAGGCAAAUGAGCCUCCCUCCUGACCACCAAAUUGUCGAACGGCAUAACUAGAUGCGAUAUGAAUGAACACGUUUCUAUUCCAUCUAAUCAAACGACGGAGCCACUUGGAAAUUCUAAGCUUCGCUAUUACCUAUCGCUAAUCAACCCUCUCGGAAGAUAUUCCAAUCUAUGGUUUGGGGAGUACUACCGAGAUAUUCGAUUAUCGAAAUACGAUGCGUUCGCCUUUAUCAGUAUGCUUGGCUUGAGAUUGAUGAGCCAUGUGGUUUUCUCUACAUCGGCGUUUUUUUCAAAAUAUAUAACUUGAAUAAUUCGCAUAUAUCGAAUUUGUUUCUAUGGCCGUGAGGAAUUAGCAGGAGUCACAGACAGAGUUCUAUGAUGAUAGCUCUAGGUAGGUAGGCUUUGGGUAACGCCAUGAAGCCGGCCAUAGUAAAAAGUAGAUUAGUUUACAAGCUUAAGAUAUUAUUAGGCUCUCAACAUUUAAGUCGCUGCUAUUUUCACAUGAGCAAUAAAUUAAAAUAUAGUGUCA